AGCAGAGAUGCCGCAAGAAGAUGGAUAGAGAAUAGGUAGUUCUAGGAUUGGGAAAAUACAACGGGAGAAGAUAGCAGGAAAAAAAAAACCAGAAAGAGUUAAUUACCAGAAUGGACUAUUGGACGCAGGAUUCAAUUUCAUUUUUUGUGAUAUGUAGGGCAUAUUGGCUUGGUUCUGAUUACAAAUUCUUCUAUUCUGGGGGGUGUCAAAGGUUCCUUACAGAAAGACUGUUCUCUUUCAGUAGUAGAAUAUGUUAAAGAUAGUGCAGUCAUUUUAAAUCUAUUUAUUCUCACAUGCUCCUUAUAAGCAUACUGUUAUGCAACUUGUUAUUACUAAAUGUAGGGAGACAUAGAUGUCUUUAUCAAUUAAUCAUCAAGGGCAAUAUUGGAAUGAUGAUCUUUUGGAUUAUUUUAUUCCUUUCCUGUGUCAGUUCAUGGACAGUAUAAAUAGGUUUCCAGUAUUGUUUGGCUCCUCAUCAAGGCUAAGCAGUUUAAACCUUUAAAGUCUCUAAGAAGGUUCAUAGCACUCACAUUUUCAAGUACUCUUCUCUGCUGCAAAACAAUGGAAGUGGUUACAAGGAUGGUUGCUGACAGGCCAGUGGUGAUCUUUAGCAGAAGCACUUGUUGCAUGAGCCAUACCAUCAAGACUCUCAUAAGCGGCUUUGGAGCAAAUCCAACUGUUUACGAGCUGGACGAAAUUCAGAACGGGCAACAAGUUGAAAGGGCACUGCAGCAAAUGGGUUGCAAGCCCAGUGUGCCAGCUGUAUUCAUAGGGCAGCAGCUUAUUGGAGGUCCUAAUCAAGUCAUGACCCUCCAAGUCAAGAACCAGCUCGUCCCAUUGCUCAUAAGUGCAGGAGCUAUAUGGAUUUGAAAGAGGAAGUAACUAAUUUCUAUACUCAAGUUCAAUACCGUGUUGCUAAACAAAAUCAAAUAAGUGAUACGGUUUUGUCUGUGUUUCCUUUCGGUUUUUGUAGUUUAUACAACACGUACUGUCAUCUUUUAGAUAUUUUUGCAGAGCAUCCUUGUACACCGUUUUUGGGGCUAAGCAGGGUCAUAGUAUUUUCCUUGUACUAAAUUUACGAGGAACUGGUAUUUUAACUAAUUGGCCAUGUAAUAUCCCUUGCCUACGCUAAAUAAAGGUAUGUCUGCUAUUAUAUACUGCUUUAGUAGCUUGAAACAAUCCACUAUGUCCUGGGAACACUAGCACAUAAAAUACAGGAGCAGAAACAGCACAACAAGCUUCUGGGUGAGGAGGCCAUAUAACAGCAGCAUGAACUGAAUAAACAGCAAGGUAAGCUACUUGAAAUAACAAGGUUGAGAAGUUACAUUGUUGAGAUGUCCUGACUCUCUAUUCCAGAUUGUCAAAUAUGCUCUUCAAUUGUAUGCAUUGAUGACCUUUUAAUGGAAA